UUACGCCCUCUUGCUCACCAAAACCAGCCUCAAAAACAACCAUUUCCUCUCCGCGGAGAGGCGGGUAAGCUGGAGCUCACACACGCGCACAUGCCUGACAAUUCCUUGCAGCAGACGUCCUGCUUUCCAGGAGCUGCCGUUUGUGGCGGAGGCAUCAGGACCGGGGCCCAGGCAGCGGGAAAGCAGCCGAGCAUACCCUGCUUCCACGGCCUGCUCUUUUGCUCCAAGUAGCCCCCACAGCUGGCUUUACGGAGUGUGCCCUGGACUUCCCACGCACGCCUCUUGAGUUGCUUUGUUUUCCACUGCUGCAGGCAAGAAGAGGUGCUGUGAACGCAGCCCCUCCGGCCCCUGGCUCCCAAGAAGACGGCCCACUCACAACUCUGGAUUCUCGCCAGUGCCCCAGAUUCCUCCCUGGGAUGGGCCUCGCAGCGACCAGCUUCCGCACAGGCCUGUCCCUGCUUCAGGUGCAGGAGGGGGGAUAAGGCAGGGCCGUGAGUGGCUCACCUGGAUCCAGCCCAUGGGCCUCUUCCCGCGUCUCCACCAGCCCCAUGUGCCUGGCUGGAGCAGCGGCCCAGCCUCUGAGGAUGAGCGGUGAUGUUCUCUAGUCCCCCCAGCAGCAUCUCGGCUCUCCCUGCAUGCACAGCAGCUGACUAGGGCUUGGGAUUUUCUCCAAGAUAAACAGCGUCGGCAGUCCGUUAUGACUGUCCAGAAACUUGUGGCCACCGCCGUGCUGGUGGCUCUUGUCUCCCUCAUCCUGAAUAACGCGGCAGCCUUCACCUCUAACUGGGUAUACCAGACGCUAGAGGAUGGGCGCAAGCGGAGUGUAGGACUGUGGAGGUCCUGCUGGCUGGUGGACAGGGGCCGGGCCGGCCGAGCUGGGCAGGUGGACACACAGGACUGUGAGGCACUAGGCUGGGGCUCCGAGUCUGCAGGUUUCCAGGAGUCUCGAGGCACCGUCAAAUGCUUCGUGCUGGUCAUUGGGCUGGUGACCUUCUACAGAAUUGGCCCUUACACCAACCUAUCCUGGUCUUGCUACCUGAACAUUGGUGCCUGCCUUCUGGCCACCCUGGCGGCUGCCAUGCUCAUCUGGAACAUUCUUCACCGGAGGGAGGAUUGUAUGGCACCCCGGGUAAUUGUCAUCAGUCGUUCACUGACGGCACGGUUCCGUCGUGGCUUGGACAAUGACUAUGUGGAGUCUCCAUGCUGAGAGCACCUGUCUUGGGGCCACACCUCUAAAUAGCCACUGUAACACCAUAGUCUAGAGACUGAGUGACUAUAUGGGACAAAUCUGGGUUACCUAUAUAUACAUACGUACGAUUAUCAUGUACAUUUAUUAUGUUAUAUAUGAAUAUAUUAUGUGUUCAUGUGCACCACCCUACUUCAGACACACUCUUCCUCAGCCAGUACAUCAUGCACAUUUCAAAGGAAGAGUCUACAAGCUGAGGCAGAGGAGGAGGCAGUGUGGGCACCCUGCACUCCACCUCCAUUUGGGGUUAAUUUAUUCUGCACCUGCUGAGAUGGUGUCUUGGUUACAUUUUACUUUCAUGAAGCAGAAUGCCCAGUAAGCUUUUUUCUUGAGAGGUCCAUGAUAUUCCCUGAAUGAAUCAAAACUUAUAACCAGAUGGUAACAGCUUCAUGCCAGUCAGGUUAGUAGUGUACGUUUUGCUCCUGAUUAUGUGUUUAAGUUAAAAUAAACUCAAGUCUCUCAA